CAUUAAAGAUUACAUCAAAAAUGAGGAACAUUUUGAAAAGUUUGAAGUUGAACAAAAUUCUUUACCUACAGUCAGUAUGCUAAUGCUAAAUGAAAGAUUCUUCGGUCAAGUAGAUAAUAUUAUUAAAAGCUUUUUAAUUCCUAUAAUACUUAGGAAACAAAGAUCUCAAAUGAAUCAAUCUUCAGAAGAUGAUGAUGAAGAAAUAAGUAUUGGAAUUAAAGAACAAGAGCAGGAUAUGCAACAGAUUCUUUUUAAAAAAAAUAUAUUAUUCAAACAAAGCAUCAGUUUUCAACAUUUUUUAUCUAUUCGAACUGAUUCACAUAGUUCUCAUUCAACUAUAAAAUCACCUAAAACUGUAUAUGCAGAAUUAGUUAGGUUAUCAAAGAAGGCUAUCGAUUGUACUAUUAAGACAGAUAUACAAUAUGAAUUAUCAAAUAUUUUUAAAUCCUUUAUUUAUGACAUCCAGAAUAAGCCUCCAAAAAGAUUAAAGGUGAAUGUUAAAAAAAGUUUACAUAAGGAAAAGGAAGUUCUGUUAGAUAAUACAUAUAUUAAUGUAAUUGAAGAUGAUACUUCAAAUAGUGUAGAAAACUUAAGCGAUACAAAAGGUCAGAAAUGUGGAAAGUGUAAGCAAUAUGGGCAUUAUGCAAAAACAUGUCAAAAUGUUAUUUAG